GAAGGUUUUGCAAUUGUUGUGCAACUACAAAGAUAGCUCGGGACGGUACUCGAAAAGAAGAAAGAUUUUCAGGAUAAGGCCAUUUUUAUCAAUUGAUUGUCAUCAAGAUGGGGGUCCCCAAGUUCUAUCGGUGGCAGAGUGAACGUUAUCCAUGUCUAAGUGAAGUGGUUAAAGAGAACCAGAUUCCUGAAUUUGACAAUCUGUACUUGGAUAUGAAUGGCAUUAUUCACACGUGUACCCAUCCUAAUGAUGAUGAUGUACACUUUCGCAUGACUGAAGAGGCCAUGUUCAAGUCCAUCUUUCAUUACAUAGAGGUUCUAUUCCGCAUCAUCAAACCGCGCAAGGUGUUCUUCAUGGCCGUGGACGGUGUAGCACCCAGAGCUAAGAUGAACCAACAGAGAGGCAGAAGAUUCAGGUCUGCUCACGAGGCAGAGGAGAGAGAGAAGGAGGCUGUGAGGAAGGGCGAGAAGCUUCCAGAGGAGAAGCGAUUUGAUUCCAAUUGCAUCACACCGGGUACUGAUUUCAUGGUCCGACUUCAGAGACAACUAAAGUACUUUGUCAACAUGAAGAUCACCCAGGAUUCAAAGUGGCAAGGCAUACGCAUCUUUCUCUCGGGGCAUGAGACCCCUGGGGAAGGCGAACACAAGAUCAUGGAUUUCAUCCGUGCCGAGAAGGCCAGGAAAGGCUACGACCCCAACACCAGGCACUGCUUGUAUGGACUGGAUGCCGAUCUGAUAAUGCUUGGACUGAUAUCCCACGAACCACACUUCUCACUUCUCCGAGAGGAAGUACGAUUUGGUAAACAAGCGAAGAGACCGACGACGGUGGAGGAAACAACUUUUCAUCUUCUCCACCUCUCCCUAUUCCGAGAAUAUCUUGCUCUUGAGUUCAGUGCUAUCAAGGAUAAGAUUGACUGGUUUGAUACAGAGUGCGUUAUUGAUGACUGGGUUCUACUGGGAUUUCUCGUUGGCAAUGAUUUUGUACCUCAUCUACCUGAUUUGCAUAUAUCCCAUAGUGCAUUACCGCUACUCUACAAGACGUACAUAGAAAUUUUGCCAACGUUAGAUGGCUACAUCAACGAGGGCGGUCAUUUGAACUUGGCAAGAUUUGAAAAAUUUAUGAAGGAGUUGUCAAAGUUUGACUAUGAGAAGUUUGAUAGCCAGGCUAUCGAUCUGAGUUUCCUUGAGGGUAAACAGGACGAGAAUGCUUGGAAGAGUAAGAGAGUCGAGAUGAAAAAAGCCAUCAGAGAGAGACUGCAAGAAGAGAUGCCUGGUUUCAUGGACAUGGGAUGGAUAGAGAACAAAGAUAUAGACGAACUUUCAGAAGAAGAGGAGGAGGAAGAAGACAUGGAUCCCAUUGAAAUGGAGUUCAGAAUGAGGAAAAAGGACUACUAUGACAAUAAGAUGGGAUUCAAAAAUAUAACCAAAGAGCAACGUGCCAAGAUUGUGAGUGAUUACAUCCAUGCUAUUCAGUGGAUCUUACAUUAUUACUACAAUGGUAUUCAAUCGUGGAGCUGGUACUACCCUCAUCAUUAUUCACCUUACAUGUCCGAUCUGAAGGACUUUGCUGACCUCCCUUUGACCUUUGACAAAGGUCAACCAUUCUUGCCAUUUGAGCAGCUGUUGGCCGUCUUACCUCCGGCCAGUAGAGAUCAUCUACCUCAAGCGUACUGGCCACUGAUGUUGAAUGAGAAUUCUCCCAUUAUUGAGUACUAUCCGGUAGAGUUUGAACAGGAUCUCAAUGGUAAACUCCAAGCGUGGGAAGCUGUGGUGCUUAUCCCAUUCAUUGACGAGAAUCGAUUGUGGGCAGGGAUGAAGAUGUACGAAGAUAAGCUGACCGAUGACGAGAGGAAGAGAAACUGCCACAGCGAGCAUCUUCUCUAUACCACAGACCUUACCAAGCCACACACCUACGUAUCAUCAUUACAGGGAAAGUUCCCUGAUAUAGUCAACUGUGUUGCACAAUGUGAGCUGAUAAGGAAAGAUGCCUUUCAGAUAGAGAUAAGCAGGCUCAAAAAAGGCUUGUUAGAAGAUGUCAGGCUCGGAGUUUACUUCCCUGGCUUCCCAACGCUCUAUCAUCUUGACUUUGAGCAUAAAGUGCGUAAUGCUGAUGUGAAGGUCUUUCAACAGCUUAGCCGAGGAGAGAACUGCAUUCUGAGCGUCAAUGCAAAAGACCCUGAUCCAGAUGCUAGAAGGCUUGCUAAAGAACUACUCGGAGAAACUGUGUUUGCCGAAUGGCCUCAUCUGAAGGAAGUCAAGGUAGUUGCCGUGUCAGAUGGGGUGUUUAGGUAUGAGUUGGUAGAUGAUUCUCGUGCAGGCUCUAUGCAGGAGAUCAAACUCAAACCACAAGAUGCUGAAAAGUGGAAGAGGGAUGCUAAGACGAUAGGGGAAGAGUACUUCAGGAGAAAGGGUGUCAACAUUAGGGAGACCACAGUAAUUCUCUACGCAUGUCCGAUGCUUGGCAGAAGGUAUGUUUGUGGCGUUGGUGGGAAUAUCACAGUCGAGAAGCAGUGGACCCUGGCUCCUAUUCCCUAUGCUUAUCAAGUCACUCUGAAGGACAUUGCUGUCCACGAUCCCAGCUUCCACCAGUUCAAGACCUUGUCAGAGCUCUACCCUGUCGAUGCACCAUGUUUCAUGCUAGGGAACCCUCACUAUGGCUGCCAAGGACAGGUUCAAGAAACAAAUCAGGAACGAGUGCAGGUUUUGUUUACAAUUCCCACUGAACCAAACCUGGAUUACAUCAAAGCAUCGCAAAAUUCCCACUCAGUGCAAUACCUGGAGAGUUACGUGGUAGCUCAGCGCUUAGGCAUCUCAUCAAUGCAAGUAUCUAGACUGACUGGAUCCGUGUUUGUGACAAGAGGACCUCGACCAUCGAGGUGUGACGAAGGCUUCCGAGGAUCUAGUGUCAACGUCGGCCUCAACCUCAAGUUCAACAAGUCCGAGCAGGAGGUUCCGGGUUUCACAAGACGCAACAACGAAGGCAAAUGGAUCUACUCCAUUCAGCUCAUGGAGAUACUCGAUGCCUAUCUUACAGAGUUUCCAGCUGUGAUCCAGCACUUGAGAGGCAAGGGAUUCAACGAUUCGCUGUUCGAGGACGAGAUGUUUGCCGGGGUUGUCUACGGUCUGGAGGAGGUGAAGUCGUGGAUCGACAAGCAAGAGUCCACCAAAGCACCCAAGAGCAAGAUAGGGUCCAAGGAUCUGGAGGCACCGGUCAUCAAACUCAUCGAGGAAGAGAUUGAGAAGAUCAAGGAAUCGCCAAGUAAAAAGAAAGUGAAACUCUCCGUCAGACCCCAUCUCCUGUACAGGCCUAUGGAAGGCCAAGGGAAUCUGAUUGCCGAUCCCGAUGCAACCUAUCAGCUCUUUGAUAGAGUCAUCAACGUCCGAGAGGGGUUCACUGUACCCCUAGGGCUCAGAGGGGUCGUUACUGCUAUUCAUACAGGGAAUACUGUCCUGGACACCACAUAUGAUAUUGUCUUUGAUGAGGAGUUUCCUGGUGCCUUGGAGCUACGGUGUACCGGGAAGCGAGGUUACCGUCUCAACGCCUCUGCUCUCAUCAACAUCAGCUACGGUCAGUCCAAGGUCAAAGGUCACCAGGGGCAUGAGAAGACGAUGGCUGUCGUGAAACCUCAGGUGAAGAAAGUGAGUGACCCAGGACAUACUCAAAGCCAGGAGUACUACAGGAAUCGUAUGGCCCAGCUAGGAUCAGCAGAGGCAGCAGGAAGCCCGAGGUCAUCGCAGCCCAGUGGCAUGGGCAAGCGGCAGAACCAGCCGGUCCAGCAAGAAUCAUUCCCUAGCCAGGUGUAUUCAAGGACGAAAGUAAGAGAAGAUGUAGGAGGAUCACCCAUCUCAUAUGCCAAAGCCACUACCAACUCCUCUCAGGCCAAAGCCACCGUUCCUCCAGUAAGACAGUCAUCCUCUGCCCAGCAACCCAAGAUGGGAAUGCAAGGCUUGGGGAAGAUCCCAGGAGGUAAAACCGAUGCGAAGGGUGAGAGGUACCAGAAAGGCCACAGAGGAUCUCCCGUUUCUGAGAAGAAGGUCACCAUCCUGAAGCGGAAUCAAGAUCUCGGUGAAGUGCAGGAUGUUGCAAAGGCUGCAGGAGGAUGCAAUGAUGACACCAAUCAAAGAAGAGGUGGACAGGGUGAGAGAUUACAGAAAGACGAUAGAACGGAGAGUGUUCCGCCGGUGGUGAAGAAGAUGGUGGAAGCAGAUCAGCCACCGAAGCACCAAGGUUCACCUUCGGCUCGAUUACCACGCCUUACCAAGGACAAGGUACCGGUGGAAGCGGAAGACGUGGACGAACUCUCUUCAAUCUGGCAGAAGCUGAUGCAGGUACAGGAUAGUCCUGCGAGGGUCAAGGAUGAGGAUGGGGACGGACAGAGGACACGGAAGACGACGAGCACAACGGAAGAGGAUGAGGAGGGUCCAGAGGAUGAGGAAUAUGUAACAAGCAUCGGGUCUCAAGAUGAAGAUGAGGAUGGUGAGGAAGAAGAUGAUGUGGAGAGGAUGACACCAAACACAUAUCGAAAGUCUCAAACAGAGCAGUUGUGUCGCCUUCUCAACAUCAGUUCAGGGAAUCCUACUGAGGAACCAGCAGAGAAAACCAAUCAAACCGCUGGUCAGGAAUCUAGUACCUCAUCGAGAGUAGGGUAUACUAAGCAAGUUUCUGUGGCAGAACUUUUCGAAUCAGCCAAGAACACCAGUGCACCCCCUCGCAGCCCCAUCAGCCUGCCCCAGGGCGGGCCGGUAGUGCAUUCCAAACCCAUGGGACAGGUAGCACCCCACCCUCAGAGUGGCCCUCUGAUGGGACCCCACCCCACGGGGGACAAGGAGACCUUCCAGAAGCCACCCAUGUCCAAGCAGCCGUUCAUGGUACAAGUACCUACUCCGAUUGGACAGCCGGUGUUCCAGCAGCAGCCGCCACCACCGGGCAUGAUGAAGCAACCCUUUAUGGCAUCGUCCCCGUCCAAACCGGAGCAGAUGGAUCAAGGAAGCAUCAUGAUGCAUGGCACCGGUAGCCCAAUGCCACCGCCACCUCACCGUAUGCAGAUGUCACCUCAGAAACCAUUCAUGACACCACAGAUGAUGCCUGGUGCACCGGUUGGAUACCACCAACCACCACCACCGAUGCAUGGACCACAGUACACACCACCAGAAUACCACCAGAGAGGCCCCCACCACCGUGGCCCCGCACCGCCCAGGAUGCCCCCUGGUCCACCGUUCAUGCAACCGCAGGGGCAGGACUAUUACCAGGGACCGCCGCUGAUGGCUAUACCGCCGGCAACCGAGAUGUUGAAAGGCUGGUGCAUGGCGCAGAAACUCCCUCCACCGAAGUUUGCCUUUCACAAGCUUCCACAGGGCAUGGUGAAAGCUGUAUGUACUCUAGGAACCGGUAUCAGUUACGAUGGUCCACCUUGCACAACUGAGUCUAUGGCUAUAGAUAGAGCUGCAGGGGUAGCCCUCCAUAAACUGCGGAUAGCUCCUGUUCAUCAGUUCAGGGCACCAUUACACCAGCCUCCCAGCAUGAUGCACCCUCCAAACAUGAAACCGAAUUACAGGCCAAAAGGAAUGCCACAAGGUUAUCCGCAAGGAACUAUGGCCCCUGCCAUGAUGUAUCCACCUCAGCACCAAGAACCUCCAGUACCAGGAAUCUUUGUUCCUCUUCAGGUAACCAAGCAGCUGGCAACAUCCGUGUCAAAACCCAGUGUCCCCGAUGGUACCCAACCAGGAACUGCCCCUCAAGUUUCAGUCCCUGUCCCUGGCAUGGAACAUCCAAGGACUUACCCCAGUCAUCCCCAUCCUCCACACCCAUCAGGUGUCCCCAAAGAAGCACAUCUGCAAUCCGAUCCAACAGUUCCUGUGUCAGUCCAAGGAAUCCCGGUCCAGGCCCAGACAAGAACGGAACCGAGUCAGUCCCACUAUCCACCACCUCACGAGCUCAAACAAGCCUUAGACACUGCGUCGGGAAGCAGCAGGCUGCCAGAUGUCACACAAACGAAUGGACAAGGUACCCUGGGGGACCAAACGCAUCUCCAGCCAGAAAGCACCACACCCGUUACUGUAGGUGGGACUGAAGAGACUGGGCAGAGCCCAGCUUCUAAGGUCGGGGCACCAUCGAGACCCAAGAGGAGCAGAGCUAAAUUGGCAAUAAGCUUCUCAGCUGGAAAAUGAUUUUAAUUUCAUAAAGUACAAUGACUGGUUGAUCAAUAAAUGUAGUUGUUGUGGAAGAUUCACUUUUUAAUUCUGUCACCGCUGAUUAUUUAUUGCGAAUUCAUGCAAAUUUACACUAAGUCAAGUCAGGUAUGAAAAAAAGGAGUAGGAGAAGACGGUGUUUCAUAAAGUUUUUAGUGAGACAAGCAUGACUUUGCGAACAACUGGAACAAGAUCAUGUUUGCUUACCAGUAAUCAGAUUCUCAUCAAUGUUGAAACACAUGUAUGAUCUUUGUAGAUUAUAAAUUUGUGUAGAUAACGAGCAUUUGAAGCGAGACUUUAUUUAUCAGAAUCUGAUACAGUUCACAGGAAAUACAGUCCCCUUUAAAAGAAACACCUCGGAAUUUUAGUGUGUAUCGUUUACCCCAAGCACAAGUCUUGCAUAAAGUCAUGUGUGAUUUAAAAAAAAAAUUGUUUUAUGAAACACAUCCCUGUAUUGCCUCAAUGACAUUUUGAGUGAAGGUACUGUGUCUUUUAGCAGACAAAUUCUUAUGAUUUAUUCUCCUACUACUUUUUUUUCUUAAAUCAAAACUUGCUAAUAUACAAUUAAUCAAUUAAAUUAAUUCAAACAAUCGUCUACUUGAUUAACUUCUGUCAUCAGGGCUAUGUAAGACAAAGGAGAGCGAUUAAUCAUACAUAUGAAUUUCAUGUUCACUUGAAAGAAAUUAGCAAUGUAUUCAUUCAUAAAAUCAGUUCUACAAUCAAUCUUUAUGUUGUGAGUUUCCAGAGCCCGGCAUUACAAAGAGUUGCGAUCGAUCAGUCUUAUCUAUGGAAAUCUAGCAGUGUCAUAAUUUCUCAUUUAGCAAAUCCACACAUUGAGUGAUUUCAAGUUCAGCGUUCACCUUUUGAUGUUGGCGUUAGAUCAAUUUUCACUCGAGUACAUGUAUAACACCAAACAUUAAAUGAAGAUGGUCCUGAAACAUCACUCACUAGUUGUUGAGAUGUCAAUAAUGUGAUCUGGAUCAGUAUUGCAAACUCUGAAUGAGUAUUGGAGCUGGGGGAAGCAAUCCAAUUUGUGCUUCCGGCACCAAUGCCAACACCAGAAUUGAAAUCACCCAAUAA